CGGUUGUACGCUCCGGCUCUUCGUCCGACAUUCACGCGGGCAACUGGGUCACGGGGUACGUUUUCAAAUAGACGGAUAACUAAAGGUGUUGUGUUGUGAUCGCUUAUUGUGGAAGUGUUUAGUUAUUAAUAACAGUGAAAUAACAAGCUAGCGGCUCUUUUGAAGUAACAGUGAUGCGUGCGUGAGCGCAGCGCAUGACGUGCUACGAAACGUUGAGAGCUUCGGCACCCGCCGCGGACGCCCCCAUGGCGCACCACUUCGUCAAGUGGUGGCGCAACAAGUUUAGAAAUGGAUACAAGAAGUUCAGCAUUGGUACGGAGAGCGAGCGGACGGACACCGAAGAGCUGGUGGGCCGUGCGGCUUCUCAAUGCUCGGCGCCGCCCGACCUGCUGCCCAGCGAGGCGCGCGCGCUUCUUAAUCCUAGCACGCCGCCGCCGCUGCAAGCUCGGGCGCACGAGCGCGCCAGGCUGCCGCCGUCUCCUCGCACUGCAGAUGCGCACGACGAUAAACCUAGACUGCGAUUCGAGGAGUUGACAUGUGACGUGGAGCUGCAACACCCGGCGCCGUCCAAGCAACAGCCACUGCAGUUCUCCUUCACACUGUACGACCUCGACGGUCACGGCCGCAUGACUAAGGAUGAUAUAGCCGGAAUAGUGUCGACUAUAUACGAGUCGAUCGGGAAGUCGGUGACCGUUCCGCACUACGGAUCUAAAACUAUUCAAGUGCGACUAACGGUGGUGCCCGAGGACGGGCGGCGCGCGAGACACGAGCGCGACAGGCGGGAGGGCAGGCGGCGCCGGAGGAGGGAACAGCCGCAGACCGCACCUGCAGACUGCGACAAUAGUGACGAAGAACACGAAAGACUAUCGUUUGACGAUGACGCUUCCUCAAAGUCUUCGUGCUCCGGAGACCGAAGACCGCAGAGGCCGCCGCCUACAAGACCGAAGUCCCACCGACAUCCGCGCAGGGAGCACCGCGAACAUAAACACACCAAAAAACGGUCCGGCAGUCUGCAGCGGCGGGAACUCCUCGAAAUCAUACAAGCCAACAUGGAAAAAAAUCAUCUGAGCUUUCAGACUUCCAGAAAACCCAGUGAACCAGUUGGCAUUGAGGAGGAGAUCACGCCCAAAUACCAUAAACACCGGAACAGAUCUCACACGAUCAGCGAGAAGCCGGUACAUGCAUUCCAAAAGAUAAAAUGUGAAAAUACAGGUGACGGGUACUUGGACUUAGCAGGUGCCGGUGACUCCAAUCUGUGCAGGUACGACCGUUACUUGCACGCAGUCAUAUGUUCAUCAGCCAAACAUGCACACACAGGUUAUCAUCACAAACAAGUACAACCGAAGACUAAAGUCCAUAUGAACAAGCGUUCCCGGUCACAUGACCUCCCCGGACAUCUACACCAACCCCGAGUACUCCAAAUAAUAUUCUUAUAGAACUCGAGACCGGACUCAGUCAGUCACGACUUUGUCCUCUUCGCUUUAAGUGUGUGUGUAAACUGUGGUUACCAAAACAUGUACAGAAGAUAACGGAAAGUAAGUGCCCGUUUGAAUGAUGUGUAAUUAUAAUUGUAUGAAUGUAUGGAGGAAUCUAAAUGUUAAGCUAUCAAUGAGUUACAUCACACAUGCAGCUGUUAUCAGUAUUUACUAUAUGUAUUUGAUAAUGCAAAGGAAUUAAUA